GAUCCGGGCGGAUUAUCAUCGGUACCGGCGUCCGAACCGCGACCGGCCACACCUUUCUUCCCCACCCCGGGUUAGUCCAAGUCCUUACCCCUCUCUCUACGGGGGCUCCGGGGAAUUUGCUGCUGAGGAGCGGAGACGCUGGAGCCGUGGCGGAUAGAUGGGUCUCUUCUUCGUGUAGGUUUCUGGGUAAUGAGGCAGCCAUUGAUGACAGGGCCAGCGUUUUCCCCGUUAGUCCGUAGGCCGUAUUUGGAAUCGCAGGGGGAGGGAAGGGGAGUAGAUGGAUCACUCGGGCACCACCGAGCACUGAGGAGCUGACCUUCCAGUCAAUGAAAAUGUCAAUUUUUACUGUAUGAAAAGAAGGAAACAAAAUCCUUACAUCAGCUUUAGUCCUUGUGGAAAUCACCUUUGUUCCAUCUUGAUCUGGACCUUUCUACCUGUGAGAACUUGUUUAGUACCAUUCGCUUUGGGUACAUAAUAAUACCAAUUACCUUUGGCCUGGUUAACAAGUGACCUGUAGCGUUCUCAUCACAAAUAUGCCACACUCCAAUGAGAACAAGGACUGCCCUCCCCAUCAUGUUCAUUGGCAUUGCCGCUGACGGGCUCUCCACCGUCAAUCACCUGUGCGGAGGGGCAGAGUAAUUUGAAACUCUCCAGGGUUUGCUAUGUAACAUCACAUGCUCUUUGUAGUGCUGCCGUACACGAUCAGAACUUGAAAUAAUACCUAUGUUUUCUCUAAUUUAUUUUUCUCAGAACGUAUGGACCGACCAUUUGUCUGAAAGUUAAAUGUUUAAACAGCCUGAAAACAGCACGGCAUCAACAAAACACCAGCUGUGCAGCAGCAAAGGCUGUCUGUGUGGGAACAUUUCAGUUACUGCGCAGCUCGGAAUAAUAUGGGACAGAGAAUAAUACUAAUGGAAGGAAUCAGACUGAGCUAAGUCACAGAUUGAAAUUCCCAUUCUCACACAGACAGGAAAUCUGUUGGGGAAUUAGAUGGACAGACCAGUUGCCGGCAUCAUGAGCAGUUAGAAGGUUAGAAAUGACAAAAAUUGUGUGCGGGAAUUUUAAACAGAACAACAUGUCAGUUUGCUGUCUCUGCCCAGAUAUUUAAGGAGUUACUAGAUAUUUAACAAUGUAUCACUGUUGAUCCUUGGAGAUGAAGAAUUUUGUCAUCACAGCUGGAAAAGUGCUUUGUGUCUGAAAUGAAGUUUUCUGUUGUAACUCACUGAAAUCCACUGGAACCGGGGAACUGAGAACACACCAGCAUUUGUUCACUGGAGAUCAGUUCUUCAACUACAUUGAUUGUGCAAGGGGUUUACUACAUCUGAUAUUUGACUUAUGAAUUGACAAAGAACUGUGGGAAGGGAUUCACUCUUCACUCACUCAUCUCACCUGCAUGCACAACAGCGAGUUCACACUGAUAAGAUGUCGUUCACCUGCGCUGAUUGUGGGAAGGGAUUCACUCGGUCAUCCUGCCUACUGACACACCAGCGAGUUCACACUGGUGAGAAGCCGUUCACCUGCUCAGACUGUGGGAAGGGAUUCACUCAGUCAUCGCAACUGCUGAGACACCAGUCACUUCACACUGGGGAGAAGCCAUUCGCCUGCUCAGACUGUGGGAAGGGAUUCACUUGGUCAUCUGAACUGAAGAUACAUCAGCGAACUCACACUGGGGAGAGGCCAUUCACCUGUUCAGACUGUGGGAAAGGGUUUAUUCGGUCAUCUCAACUGAAGGAACAUCAGCGAAUUCACACCACAGAGAGGCCAUUCACCUGCUCAGACUGUGGGAAAGGAUUCACUCAUUCAUCUGUACUGAAGGUGCAUCAGAGAAUUCACACUGGGGAGAGGCCGUUCACCUGCUCAGACUGUGGGAAGAAAUUCACUGACUCAUCCAGGCUACAGGCUCACCAGCGAGUUCAUACUGGAGAGAGGCCGUUCACCUGUUCAGACUGUGGGAAAGCAUUUACUCGGUCAGUUGAACUGAAGACACAUCAGCAAAUUCACACUGGGGAGAGGCUGUUCAUCUGCUCAGACUGUGGGAAAGGGUUUAUUCGGUCAUAUCAACUGAAGGUGCAUCAACGAGUCCACACUGGGGAGAGACCGUUCACCUGCUCAGACUGUGGAAGGGGAUUUAUUCAGUCAUCUCAACUGAUGAUACAUCAGCGUAUUCACACUGGGGAGAGACCGUACGCCUGUUCUGAUUGUGGAAAGAGAUUCAGUCAGUCAUCCGACUUACAGACACACCGACGAGUCCACACUGGAGAGAGGCCAUUUUCCUGCUCCCAAUGUGGGAAGAGAUUCUCUCAGUCAUCCCACCUUGUGACGCACUACCGAGUUCAUACUGGGGAAACUGUUUAAACAGGCGACAGGCUACAGGCUGGAUAUUUCACCAUCACAGUUGCUGAAUCAAGUUCAAAAGUGACUGUUGGUGCCGAACUCGGCAAUUACUGCUGCUGUUUAUCAAACCCAGUUCUGCACUCUGGUCACUGGGCGUGGGAGAUAUUCCUCGGCUAAUGUUCCCGUUUAGUGGGACUGGAGUUUAAUGGUUUGGAUCUGUGACGCAGAAAUCAGUUCUAAUUUAAAUCCUGUCCACACCUACAGAAUCUCCUUUCUCUCCCCAGAAUAUCAUCUCUUAUAACUGCCACAAGGCCAAAAUUUACACUUCCCUAUUAAGCUUCAGAGUGGACAGUGCUGCCGGCCUUUCUGUUGCUUCCAUGCCCCAAUGGAUCAACUCCCCACCCACCGAGCAGUAUCCAACAAGGUGUUCUGCUGAGGAGAAUGCCCACAGGACAGCCCUGCACUGUCUUCCUAAUGACCCUUACCUCUGCUGGUGGUCACGCUUCUCCUGUCCGAAGCUUGUAUUCUGGGUGUGGCCAUCUCUUCAGAUGUUUCAUUGAUAGUAUCUUCAGGCUCCCGAAUGAUCCUGAGUACAUCCAACUCCCUGAACCAGUCAGUCCGGCGCUGUGAUUGGGUGCACUUACUGCAAAUAGUCAUCGGAAAACUGUCCGAUGUCCAGAGUUCCCACAUCUGACUGGAGGAGCAUCCCAUCCUGACUGCUCUGCACCAAAAUACACCACUGUCUGAAUGAAUUAACAUAUGCAAGAAAACAUCGAACGUGAAUGGGUCAAUGACAGUGGAAGUAGAGUGAUCAAUUGUCUGUGUUUUUGCCAUGAGGUCGAAGGAAUAGAGGCUGCCAUUUUGUGAAGCUGCUCUUUAACCCCCAUUUUGUGAACUGAUUGCUAUGGGAUAACCUGAUAAGAUCAACUUUACACAAGAAGUUACUGGUAUUCCCAUUGUAAGCCUGAAAUCACUCUCACAUAAUCUGUGCAUUAUGUACACUGUCAGGUUUGCAGAAGUAAUCUCGUUAUCUCUGAACCUGAAGUCACUCUGAGAUAAGGUGUGUAUUACGUACAGUGGCAGUUCUGCAGAAGGAAUUUCGAUAUUUCUGCUGAGAGUCUGAGCGACGCAGUGUGUCUGUUUGGAUCCAUAGUGGAGGAGAACAAAAGAAAUUACCUUUGGCAUGAUGUUGAGUAGCCCUUGGACUACAUCCAAUGGAAAUCUGUUAGUCAUCAGCCUGAUGUUCUUCAGCCAACAAGAAUGAGAUGCGUCCUCUGAACUGAUAAGAGUUGUUUCAAAUGUUUCAAAUCAUGCUUGUUUCAAAACAAGUAAAGAGUUUCAAAUGCAAAGGUGUGAUAACUCCUGAGACGAACUAUCACAAGGAAGAUCCCCCAAGGAAGGGGCUGGAGAAGAAAUGAUGGAUCAUUUGGAUACAGUGGGAUCCCCUAUUUCAGUGUUGUGAAUUUGAGAAGUGGUCAGGGUGUGUAUUAGUACAGAAGGAGCAGUGGAAUUCAUGUUUUAAGUUGUUAGCCUGGGGUCAACGUAGUUACUUUGUUGUUUGUGUAGGAAAAAUAAAAUGCGAGCUGUGAUUAAUUACGAUUUGCCUGGUGAGUUUCCGAACUGAUCUCAGUUGAUGAAUGGUAAACAUAUUUUCGUGCCCUGGGUGCACUGGAAAAGAAAGAAAAGUGGUCUGGGACCCUGGUGACGAGUUGAACCACACAGUAGGUUAGGAUAUUAAACUGUGAAAUGGAAAGGACAGGCAGAACCCAGGGAUUCAGAGGAUUUCAGAGAUUAUUUUCAUGGUUAAUUAUUAAGGAAAUGGUCAAAUUAUGAGGCCUGGUUAGAAACGUUUGACAGCCAAGGUUCCGGGACUGUGGAAGAAGAAUUGUGAAAAAUAGUUAGUGAAAAUAAAUUUAAAAAAUUACAAGGGAUUAAAAAUGUUGUAAUGUGAUGUUUGUUGGAUGAUCUAAUUGAAUUGAAGAGAGAAAAAACUGAAACUGACGGAGGAAUUGUGUAAGUGUAGGGAAGAGUUAGAAAUUCUGACGGUGCAGGAUCCGGUGAAUUUGAUCCACAUGAGUCAGUUUCAGGCUCAGUGUGAAGCGUUAACAAGAGAAAAUGAGAAAACUGAAGAGAAGUAUAAACAGGCGGAUAGAGCUCAACAGCGCCGCCUAAUGACGGGGUAGUCAAAGACGCGGUUGGAAUAUCAACGUUCCCCCUGUUAUGAACACUGGAUCCCCAAAGAACUGAUGCAAUUCCGGUCACGAAGUUUAUUUUGCCAUUGAUUGCACACCCAUGUGGGUUGGGACAUGUCAAGAUGGAACAAUGGCCCAUUGCCCCGGAAGGUCAUCUGUGUUACCUACAAUGUAAUUACCAUGGUGCUGAUGAAAAGCCACGACUUGUAUCCGGAGUUACCUUUGGGGGAGUCCAAAUUGAAUGUGUGUUCACCACAUGGUUGGAUGGUGCAGCAGGACCCCUUGUUAAAACUAAAGUAGAAAGCCGCCCGAUAAAAUUUGUUUAGAAUACCGGAGACUCUCGAACCACUCGAAACACGGCCACAUUCUGCACAACACUUUGGAAAAUAGAAGAUCCGGUUAUUGUAAAUGAAUAUAAUCGUGGAAGUUGAGUUGGAAUAUAAGUGUGGAAGUUGAGUACCGUUGAAAUAUAUUCGAAACGUUCAGAUUUUUAAGGUAUUUAAUCUUGUUAUGUGAUAUAUGGACCCUGCAUAAUCCCAGAGUGCGUUGCUAUAUGCUAAGUGAGCGUGUGGCAGGAGGCGUGUGAUACUCUGAUCAUUGUUCAUUGUGUAACUGGAAAGGUCUCCACAUUGCGUGUCCUUGAAUAAAAGUAUUCCAGUCACUAAGUAGGGGAGCUGACACCCAGAAUAGCCUGAACACUUUUAUGAAAGCGAACUUUUUAAGCUGUAAAAGAUCCAUCUAUUCUGAGGAGUUGAGAAGUCUUUCUCCAUCUCAGUAAUAAGCGCGCUGUUGAACGUUGCUUUUUUUUUCUGGUACUUAUGUCUAAGACCUAGUGAAAGGUACCCAACAAAAUGUGGAGGUUCCAAUGAAAUUGUUUGUCUGUGCGACUUAGCGCUGCGGGGCUGAUCAUGGUGACCACUUUUACAGUGAAAUUCCCUGGGAGUAGUGAUCGCCGAAUUGUCACUUUCUGUUCGCUUUAGUGAUUAUUUUUUGUUCCGGGUCAGACCUCGGGAUACUCUUAAUCCCGAGUCCUCAAGGAUCGAGUCAGUACUUUAUACUUUACUAUACUUUAUUGUUACCAAACAAUUGAUACGAGAGCGUACAAUAAUCACAGUGAUAUUUGUUUCUGCGCUUUGCGCUCCCUGAAGUACUAACUGAAGUAAAUAUAAUAAAAAAUAAAAUUAUAAAACAUAAUUAGAAAAUAGAAAAUGUAUAAUUAUACAUAUAAUUAUAUAAUAACAUAUAGUAUAACGUCAGUAUAAUUGAAAGGAUAGAGUCGGUGACACAUGGACGUUUAGGUCAUUGUCUGGAUCGCACUAAAUGAUUGUUCAUCAGAGAGAGGCGGUAGUUAGUGAUUGCCUGUAAAACAAGGAAAGAAAAUAAAAGUUUCAGUACCAGCCGAGUGACAUUACAGAAGGUUUGAACCACUCAGGACGCUGUGGUGCAGAAGCAGAGGAGUCACCGAUCAGGGACUCAGUAAGAUGUGAAGUAAAAUGUCAGUGGGAGAUGCGACAGGAUGCAUCUUUCACUGAUCGAGAAAGAGAACCUACACACACAAAAUGCUGGAGGAACUCGGCAGGCCAGGCAGUAUCGAUGGAACAGUGUACAGCCGGUGUUUCGGGCCCAGUCCGUUCAGCAGCACCGAGGGGCUGACUGGUUUAUAGGCAUUGAGUAGUAUGGAUGUACCAGUUUCAUUUCCACUGUGAAAAGCUGGUUAAAGGAAAGAUUAAACAGGAGGAAGCACCCCAGUAGCUAAGCCCGAGGGGGAACGACUGGAGAAAGAGUGCAGUUAAUAUAAAAUUACGCUGAAUGUAAAUCAGAAAUCGGCACAUAAAAAUGAACACAACACUGGAGAGCAGACAAAGUGCUCAAAGCAAAUUUAAACGCUUAAGUCAGAAUUUAGGUGUGAAAUGUGGCCAGAUGAGAGUGUCCGUAAGAGAGAGGGUGCAUGUGUGUGUGCGUGUGUG